AGCCAAGCUAAUAUUAACCAGCUGUGGACUUUAUGGAAGAAUCUACACCUGGAUGAUGAAGAAAGUGAUGAGAAAAAGUUUCAACUAAAAAAGAGAUCAACAAUUAGAGAGCAUGAUGUCUUCUUCUCUCUGAGGACGAUUCACAAACAAAGCCCAGGAAGGGCUCCUUGUUCUCGUUCUCGCAGCAGAAACCAUGGCUACAGUUAUGCAGAAGAUCAAAGACAUCGAAGAUGAGAUGGCCAGGACGCAGAAAAACAAAGCUACUGCUCAUCACCUUGGUCUUCUUAAGGCCAAACUUGCAAAGUUGCGCCGUGAGCUCUUAGUGCCUUCUUCAAAAGGCGGUGGUGGAGCUGGUGAAGGCUUUGAUGUUACUAAAAGCGGAGAUGCACGCGUUGGCCUGGUUGGGUUUCCAUCUGUUGGAAAAUCAACACUACUUAACAAGUUAACUGGCACUUUUUCCGAGGUUGCCUCCUAUGAAUUUACUACUUUAACAUGCAUUCCUGGCGUGAUUAUGUACCGAGGUGCAAAAAUUCAGUUGUUGGAUCUUCCGGGGAUCAUUGAAGGCGCAAAGGAUGGAAAGGGAAGAGGAAGGCAGGUAAUCAGCACUGCUAGAACAUGUAAUUGCAUUUUAAUUGUUCUGGAUGCUAUAAAGCCAAUAACUCACAAACGUAUUAUUGAAAAAGAGCUUGAAGGGUUUGGCAUAAGGUUGAAUAAAGAACCACCGAAUUUGACUUUUAGAAAGAAGGACAAGGGUGGCAUCAAUCUUACAUCAACAGUUACAAACACACACUUGGACCUUGAAACUGUGAAAGCAAUCUGUGGUGAAUAUAGGAUUCAUAAUGCAGACAUCACCCUCCGAUAUGAUGCUACUGCUGACGAUCUUAUAGACGUUAUCGAAGGAAGUCGAAUUUAUACGCCUUGUAUCUAUGUAGUGAACAAGAUUGACCAAAUAACACUUGAAGAGCUGGAGAUUUUAGACAAGCUUCCUCAUUAUUGUCCAAUCAGCGCCCAUCUAGAAUGGAAUCUUGAUGGCCUGCUAGAGAAAAUUUGGGAGUAUCUUAAUCUAACUCGCAUAUACACCAAGCCCAAAGGAAUGAAUCCAGAUUACGAGGAUCCUGUAAUCUUGUCCUCAAAGAAAAGAACUGUUGAAGACUUCUGCAAUAAGAUUCACAAAGACAUGCUCAAGCAGUUUAAAUAUUCUCUGGUAUGGGGGUCAAGCGCCAAACAUAAACCUCAGCGGGUUGGGAGGGAACAUGAGUUAGAGGAUGAAGACGUCGUUCAAAUUAUAAAGAAAGUAUAAGAAAAACUUGAAGAUUCCAAUAGAGUAUGCACUGAAUUAGCUUGCAGCAGCAGCAAUAUGAGCAAGAGACCGGUGAGUUCUGGAAUCAAAUCUGAUAAUCUGGGUUUCCGUUGCGUAUAUAUUUCUGGAUGUCAGCCUGAUCAGGUCCAGUGCAUAUUUUUUUAAUAUUGAUGGUGCUUUGAAUCGUUUAGGUUUGUCCUUUAUUUGCGUUUAUAUGAACAUUUGCUAUGACGUUAAUGUUUCUCCUGCAAUGCAUGAGCCUUGUAUUGUUAUAGCAUAUGGUGGACAGUUUGGAGCUGGUAACAGUUUUGGAUUUGAGAAUAACAAGCUAACAAAAUGUUUUUGGAUUACCAUUUUAAAAGGCAACAAUUU